AUGACUCCUCCUCCUCGCAUGCCACCAAGAUUUGGUGGGCCCCCACCAAGGAACGGGUCUGCUGCCAGCGGUCACUUUAUGCCGCCUGGUCCACGGUCAUUCUCCUCUGCGAGUGGGCGAGGACCCCCUCCUCAACGAAAGCCAAUGCCCCCCCCUGCACCGCUUCACCUUCUACCCACGCCUUCAAUGCUUAAGGAAGAUGCCUUCGCUUCACCGGUUAUAUUUGCGCCCUCAUCAAGAAUUCCAGGAGAUGGUACAGAAUCCCCUGGCCUUCGUGGGGGGCUUCGCCCAUACUCACCUAGUGUAUCUCCACACGUACCGCUUGCAUCUGCUUUCGAUGAGCUCUCCCUUCUUCCCAACCCUCAUAGUCUGAGAAAUUCCUCUACGUUCACUGGACUUGAUUUCGCUCCUCCACGCAAGUUUAAGAACGAUGAUGCAGUAAGCGACGCAGGGAGCAUUAGGAGCAAUAAUAGCGGCGUAACAGCUCAGCAAAUUCAAAAUAUCAGGAACGGCGCGUAUCGCGUGUCACGCAUUCCCCAGGACGUCGUUCCUGCCAAAGAGGCGAUUUCGUCCAACCUCAAACCUACCUGGGAUAUGCCGUUUUCGACAAUGAUUUCCAAAUCCGAAGGAACGCAGGCGACCAGCGGCAAUAUUUCCUUAAUUUCCUACAUUCUUUUCUUCACGAUUUCUGGAGGUUCUGGUGAUAUCGAGCACAAGGUCGGGCCAAUUGCAAGCAUAAAUCAACCAAUAACGACUAGGAUUGUUCUUUCUUUCUCUUUCAUCCGGCUUGUCCAACUUCAGACUUGA